CCUGAAACUGAAACUAAAUGCGGUACAUUUAGCAUGUCGGUCACAAGCGCUUGUUUUUGAUUCUACGACAGUUUGCGAUUUUAUUUAAGUUGGAUGUGGUAAAUUUAAAGAAUAUGGAUCCUCUUACGUUUCACAAGAUUGAUGAGGGCCUUGAAAGGAGUGAAGUGGACCAGCUGAAGUUUCUGUGCAUGGACCUAAUUCCCAAGAAACGUUUGGAGACGGUGAAUGAUGCCAAAGAACUGUUCAUGCGACUGGACGAGCAAACACUGCUUGAUGACAAGUUACUCAUCCCCGAGCUUCUAAUCACAAUAGGCCGCAAUGACUUGCUUGGCAUUUUGGGAAUGUCCAAAGCUGAUGUGGAAAGAAAUCUGCAACAACGUGACGCCUCUAGUAAAGGUGUCUCAGCCUACAGAAAAAUGCUGUUUAGAUUGUCUGAAGACAUGACAGAAGACAAUCUCGGGUCAGUUAAGUUCCUUGUGAAACUUCCAAAGGCAAAACUAGGACGGUCUGCUACAUUUCUAGAUGUUAUGAUUGAGAUGGAAAAGCUACAGAAUCUUGGGGAAGACAACCUGGAUGAACUUUACAACAUUCUAGACAAAUGUGACAAACAGCUGGCCUGCAGGAUACAGGACUACAGGGCCCAGGAACAAGGAGGCAGACUUCCUCUACGGGAAGUGUUUCCAAACGUGCCAGUUUCCUUACCUGGUGAAAGUAUGCCAGGACAUCAAAUGGAGACAGAACAUAUAUGGAGGAGAGACUCGCUUGUUACCGAUUCAGAUCCUGAACACAGAACUGGGGAAUAUUACAAUGUGACUCAGCGGCCUCUUGGAUACUGUUUGAUCAUCAACAACUUCAACUUUAAGAAAAUGUCCCCAUUGUCCAACCGGACAGGAACAGAUAAGGACAGAGAUGACCUUAGCAAAGUGUUUCAAAGAAUGCAUUUCAAAGUUAUAGUUCAGAACGAUCUGACAGCUUCUGAAAUGAAGGACGUGAUAAGGCAGUUUGCAAAAGAGGAUCAUACUCGAAUGGGUGCUUUUGUCUGCUGCGUCCUUUCGCAUGGAGAGAAGGGCACAGUGUUGGGUAUUGAUGCUAAAGAGGUUGAAAUCCGUGAACUCACAAAGCCUAUUGCUGAAUGCCAUACACUAGCAACCAAGCCCAAGCUUUUCUUCAUUCAAGCCUGCCAAGGAAGUGUGGGCCAGAAUGGUGUAUGGACAACAGAUGCACCAGAUCAGAACCCUACAGAAGAAGACCCAUAUGAGGACGAUGCUUAUAAUCCUGCAUGCCGUUCUAUUCCUAUAGAAGCAGAUAUGCUAAUAGGAAUGGCCACAGUAGAGCACUACCAGUCAUUCCGCCACACUAGAGAAGGGUCUAUCUAUAUCCAGGAGCUCUGUCAUCAGUUGGAGCAAUGCUGCCCCAGAAAAGAGGAUAUCCUGUCCAUCCUGACAAAGGUAAACCAUGAAGUGAGCUUGAAAAUUUUAAAGGGCUGCAAGCAGAUGCCUGAACCUCGUUAUACCCUCACUAGGAAGCUGGUUCUGCCAUGGGCAUCUAAUUGAUUUCUCUGUGACUGGACUCAUGCUGGAGAAGUUUCCGUUAUUCCAUUAGGCAGAAUCUAUUAAUCCUUCAGGGCGGAUCAAGGCACAUUGGUACUAUAGAUUCAAAUUGAUCUUGCUAUCUCUGUGAGUCUGAUCUUAAUUAUUAAAUAAGACUAUGAGAAUGUGUACUGCACUGAGUGAUCUUUUUUUAAACUGCAGUUUAAGUAAUAAAACAUUUAUAUUUUAUAACAAAUAUUUUUAAAGUAAUGUUAAGGAAUAAAUGAAUUAGUUUUGAAUGAUGUUUGUAUAUGCAUAUUUUUGACAUUUCUGUCUUGAUUUCUUGAUUCUUAAGUCUCAUUUGUUUAAAUAUUGAAUUAUUUUAUCAUAUAAUGGUAUAAUGCUUGCUUUACAAAACACAAGGUUAUUUUCCACACUCUUUCUGACCCCGUUAUGUUGACUUUUUUUCCAUUAUUGUUUAAAUUUUAACUGCACAAAUGUUUUUUCUGUUACAUAGAAAUGCACAAGAAACAAAAUAAUAAUUCUAAUAAAUAAAAAUAAAUAAAAGUUACCAGUUUCAUAAUGCUCAGUGCCAC